AUAGAACUCGUGGGACUUGCCGUUGGGAUCGCGGGGCUUGUAGGUCCCUUCAGCACGUGCCUAGAGGUCGUCGAGAAGGCGAAUUCCUACACGAGCUUCAAGCACGACUCGCAUUCCCUAGCUGUACAGUUCCAAGCUGAAAAGCGCCGUUUUGAGCAAUGGGGUUCUGCCGUCGGCGUCAACAAGGGUAUAUUGUUAAGCGCCCACCAACCCGCUCUUGACGAUCCGCUAACGCUAUCGACAGCAGAAGACCUCUUGUCACUCGUUCAAAGGGUAUGCGCCGACGCCGACGAUACCGCUUCGGAAACCUUCCUGCUGAGCUAUGUAAAUCCUACCAAGAGGGAGCUCUCCGUGCCCAACCAUGUGCAACCUCGCGGGGGCGCCCCGUCGAAUUCAGGGAGGCGGAAGAUAGCAUGGUCGUUGAGGGGCAAGAUGCAACGCACAGCCCAAGUUGAACGGUUCGGCGUUAUGGUUUCCGCUGUACAUGGCGCAUCCGCAAGGGGCCAAGGCCCUGGACAUCUCCAAGGUUCGCAUACGAGUGGAUCCCCCAGCGAUACCCAGCAAGUUCAUUUAAUCGCAAUUGCUAGACGAUUCGAUCCAUAA